AUGGUUGUUGUAAGCGUUAGGAGUGCUCAUAGGAAGAGAUAUGCGCUCCUGUUCUUCAGUAUCACCGGAAUUAUCAUCUACCGCCACUUCAGAGGGCAACCAGAAAGCAUGCCAAUAAACAGGAGCAAGGGUUUUACAGCCAACUCUUCCCAGUUUACAUUAGGAGGUGAGACGUUUCGCAUACUUGGAGGUUCCCUUCACUAUUUCCGCAUUCCUCGGGCAUACUGGAAGGACCGGAUGAUGAAGAUGAAGGCGUGCGGCCUCAACACUCUUACAACAGCUGUACCAUGGAAUCUUCAUGAGCCUGAAAAAGGGAGCUUUCAGUUUUAUGGAGACCUGGAUUUGGAGACAUUUCUCCUCCAGGCAGCUGAUUUGGGUCUUUGGGUUAUUCUUCGGCCAGGACCAUACAUUGGUUCAGAACUGGACCUUGGAGGAUUGCCUAGUUGGCUCUUGAGAGACGGAAAGAUGAAGCUGAGGACAACGUAUCCAGGAUUUACCCAGGCAGUUGAGAGUUUUUUGGACAAGCUCAUUCCAAAAGUGGUGCCUCUACAAUUUAAGAAAGGAGGUCCAAUCAUCGCUGUGCAGUUGGAACAAGACUAUGGAUCGUACGCAAGUGACAGCAAGUACAUGCCAUUUCUAAAAGAGGCAUUUCAAUCCAGGGGUGUAAGUGAGCUUCUUCUGACAUCAGACAAGCCUGAGGGAUUAAAGAAUGGAGGAGUGAAAGGAGUUCUCAGGGCUCUUAAUCUGCGGACGUGGGAUUUAAAAGACGAAAGAUUUCUGGAAAUUAUGCAGCCGAACAGCCCUGUGCUGAUAAUGGAGUAUUGGACUGGAUGGUUUGAUAGCUGGGGAAAUCUCCAUCACUGUUUCCCAGUAGAAGACAUGACUGCAUCUAUAAGGCAGAUCAUGCAACGUGGCAUGUCUAUUAACCUGCACAUGUUCCACGGAGGAACCAACUUUGGUUUCAUGAACGGAGCUUUACAAAAUCCUUUCUACAAGUCUGUCAUCACCAGCUAUGAUUAUGAUGCACCGUUAACUGAGGCAGGAGAUUACACACCAAAGUACCAGAUGCUGAGAGACCUGUUCAAUCGAUACCACAACAACCCUCUGCCCGAGGUGCCAGCCUUGCGCUGGAAAGAAAGAUAUGAGACCGCCAUCAUGUACCAACACCUCUCCUUAUGGGACGCUCUACCCUUCACACAUCUGCCGUUUAAAUCCAAGACUCCUGUUAAUAUGGAGAACCUGCCUGUAAACAACAGGAAUGGACAGGCGUACGGAUACACGUUGUACGAGGCGACCAUCACCACCGGAGGCUCUUUAAAAUCAGGAAACAACAUUCGAGACAGAGCACUGGUGUUUGUAAACAGAACAUUUAUUGGCACACUCAGCUUCAAGACAACAGAGUUAACAGUUUCUGAUGGAAAAGAGAAGAGAACUUUAAGCUUUCUUGUUGAAAACUGUGGAAGAGUGUAUAGUGGUGAGGCCAUGGACAACCAGCGCAAAGGUAUUGUCGGAGACAUUUUGCUGAAUGAUGUUCCUCUGAGAGAUUUUACAAUACACAGCUUGGACAUGACCUCCACUUUUAUUGACAAUUUGUACAAAGCACCAUGGAAGUCUCUCCCUGCCAAGCCUAGCUUCCCAGGGUUUGUCCAGGGCAGGUUGUUUGUGGACGGCUAUCCAAGCGACACAUUUGUAAAACUACCAAGCUGGAUCAAAGGCGUGGUUUUCAUCAACAGCCAUAACGUGGGGCGUUACUGGAACAUUGGACCACAGCAGGCGCUUUAUGUCCCUGGACCUUUUCUUAACACUGGACCAAACCAGGUCGUGGUGUUUGAGGAGGAGGAGAGUGAUUUAAAAGUGCAGUUUGAGGACUCUCCUGAUCUGGGAAUGAGUGUUGACAUUCAGUAA